CUGAAGGUUGUGAGUUCGACCCUCACGGGAAGCAUUCAUGGAAGAAUAUGGCGAUUUUUUUUGGGGCUGGGUCCCAUGACUUUUGAUAAUAAUGUCGGAAGAUCCUUUUGAGAGUCUGGUUUUUUUAGAAGAUAGCUAUAUUGCCAAAGGGAAGGCGGAAGGAGCACGUUAUAUCUUACCAACAAGUUGGUUUGAGGGAUUGUUGACAGGGCUUGAAGAAUGCUUUUCUUUUGUGGCAUACAUCGAACGACAUAAGAGCGCUGCCCACUUGGUUUUGCAGUUGCAACCGACGUUGCCAACACAAUCUUUCGAUUUUGACACUCUAAAGGUUUAUCUUGAAAAACUUCGGGCCUCGGGCAAUGAUUCAAAACUAUAUGAUGACUCCAGUUUGCGAAAACAUGUUUAUAACCUGUGUCAAGGCAUUCAAAAAUUACUUGAACCUAUACAGUUCAUUGAACGUCAACUUUUCUCCGAAUCGGAAUUAAGCUUUUAAAUGAUCCAUUUGAGACUAGAGAAUGCAUCUGUUUUUCUUGUAUGAGAAUGAACAAGUGAGUAAAGUCCUUUUUCGAUUUUGGGUUAAGAUAUUGUUUUAAAAAAUAGAGGCUGUGUGAUGAAAUCGUGAAGUUGAAAACUGGCCAAAUUUUGUCAAAGUUCGUCUUGAAAAAUUAUUUUUCUUAAUCUAAAAUUAUUUUGCAGCGUGAAAUAAUUGCUUCACUAGCUUAUUAAAGAGUGGCAUUAAUUUAGCACUGUAGAACACGCAAUCCUUUUUUUUUUUCGAAUUUUGUAACUUUUUAAUAAUUAAUUGCUCACAAAAUUAGAAUCGCAGCUUGAAAAAGAGAAGUUUUGAAGUUGGUGAAAUAGUAUCGUUUUUAUUUUGGAGAUUCCACUGCGGCACAAGAAAGAAUUAGCCUUAUUAUGCGAACACGUUUUAAUGGGCCCAACCUGCACAAGAAAUUGGAAACUAUGCAGAUUAUGUUUCUAUACUUGAGAUAAACACUAAUGUUGUUGU